AGCAAACAAAGCGAACGAUUACUGAAUCGUCUUUCUUUCAGAAAAAAAAAAAAAAGUCUUCUGGGUUUUCUUCUUCUCAUUCUUCAUUUCAGGUUUUGCGAAGAACCGGUAACAGCCAGAUUCAGUGAAUUGAGUUUGUCAGUGUGGUAGUUGUAGAUGGAUCAUGAAGCCGGUCAGCCGAAACAGGAGCGCUCAAGAACAAGGUGGACUGCGUCCCUUGAUAGGAUAUUUGCAGACUUGGUAGUGAAGCAAAUUAAAUUGGGAAGCAGGCCAAACAAUGUUUUUGACAAGAAAACGUGGAAUAUCAUACGUGAUGAAUUCAACAAGCAAACAGAUCUUAACUUCAAUAACAAUCAGUUGAGAAAGCACCUGGAUGUUCUGAGAAUACGGUUCUAUAACCUCAAGUCAGCUUAUGAUCAAAAUGACUUUGCAUCCAUGGAGGACUCUUGUUGCAUCGGGUUUGACCUGUGGGAAGAAAUUGGGGCACAGCCUAGGCCUGAGCCAAUCAAAAUCAAGGACUGCCCCAUAUAUGAGCAACUAUGUACAAUAUUUACUGAUUCAUCUGCUGAUGGGAAGUAUGCCCAAUCAAGUCACUUUGAGGGACUAGAAAAAACUGUUGGAAAUGAUACCAGUGUCUUAAUUUCAUGCCCAGAUGAUAAUCCACCCACCUCAAGGUUAACCCAAAGCGGUUCAUUGUCUGAAAAGUUGACUAAGAGUAUUGCAGAGAGAAAAAGAAGACGACCAUCUGAGGCACAAUCUUGUUUAGAUCAGAGCAGAAAGGAUGAAGAAAUCUCUGAGACUAUGGCUGGAGCCUUGUUAGAUAUGGUUGCGGCUUGGAGGUCAAGGAGUACAAUUGCCACAAAACGAAGUGAUGAGAAAUUUAGCAUAACUAAUUGCAUUAAAGCAUUGGAUGAGAUAGAAGACACUGAAGAGUGGCUCUAUUUUGCAUCUCUUGACCUCUUCGAAGACCCCACCCUAAGGAAAACCUUUAUCUCUUUAGAAGGUGGCAAGAUUAGGCUAACAUGGUUGCAAGAGAAGUGUGAGAAACCAGCAAUGACUUGUGUCUAAGGUAAAGGGUGAAUCUUUGGCUACUUUGUAAGUGCUAGGAUCUUGACUGCAAUUGUUUAAUCUUAGGGAGCUAGUUUGGUCAAACAGUAGUUACAUAGUACAGAUUGAUAGAUGAGAUGUUCUAGCUGUAGGGUUACCAAUGUUCACAGGCACGUGUAUAUUUAUGUAAGUUUGCAGAUAGUGGAAUCGUCCUUUUGCAUUGGGCUACAA